AUGCAGUAUCGGUUUUAUUGUACUUAUCUACUUUUAUAUCUAUCUUACACUGCAGCAAAGGAACCUGAGCUUCCAUUAUGUCCGACAAAUAUACAAUAUUUCCCUCAGAACCUGCCAAUGCAUUGCCGGAUGCCUACUGCUGCAGAUCUACAGAAUAAUCAAAUUCCAUCGAUGCCACCUUUUCCACCUCCGUUUUAUCAUACCCCGCCACCAGGAGCGGAUGCAGAACCAGUACCAAUACCAGUACCACCAGGAAUACCAGGAAUGCCGCCUGGUAUGAUUGCGCCGAUGCCCAUACCUGGAGGCAUGCCCGGAAGUAUGCCGAUACCUAUGCCAAUGCCAGGACCACCGGGGCCAGCCCACAAACUUCCAGUAAUUGUUAUGCCUUUCUAUUCACCAGACAACUCUUUCAAAAAGCCUCAACCAAGCCCUAGAAGACCGCAUCCAAGAAAAAAGUUUCGCUUUCGAAAACGACCAAAAUCACGAUAUUUUUCUGAUACGGAUUCGAGUUCGGAAACAGACACCUCCUCCAAUGACAUCACUGACACGUCUGAAAGUGACGGAUGGUGGAACGGAAGACGAAACCGGAAACCUCGAUCCAAUAAACGUCAUAGAGAAAAAAGGAGGAGACAUCAAAGACAAGAGUUACUGACGCCUGUAUUGCAGUAUGUCACUAAAGAUGGUUACGUAAUAUUUGAGAAGAAGAUAAGUAAAGGUGAGGCAAAGGAUUGGCUGAAGAUUAAAAAUGAUGGAAUUGAAGCAACAAAACCUCCAAAUCAAGAAAUAGAUGAGUUUGAAGAAGAACCCGUUGAAGUAAAGCCUGAUAAAGAAAUUGAAAAGGUUGAAGUAAAAACGGAAAGAAACUCUCAAAAACAGCAUAAAAAGAAGAAAUUUAGACUUCCAAAAAAAGCUGAAAAGUAA